AUGAGUAGUGUACAAUGUACUGAUCAAAAAAGCAGCGGUAGCGAUAGUAGCAGUACUGGAGAGGAAGAAAGACUCAGACAAUUAUUUCUAAGCUGUGAUUCUAAUAAUGAUGGAUGCUUAAAUUGUGAAGACUUGUACGAUAUGUGUAGAAAACUUAACAUGGCAGAAUGUGCGGAGGAAAUUAUAAACACGCUUGGGGCUAAUACUAAAGGGAGCAUAACAUUUGAUGAAUUUCUUAGCUGUCGAGAGAAAGUUUUUCAAAUGCAAACUGAGGCGGAUAAUAUACAUUUCACUAAACCUGAUUUAACACAUCAUCAAAAUUAUAAACAAUUAGGAUAUAAUUGGUCUGGUAAAUCACAUGCAAGUGUUCCAAAUAAUGGGCAAGAAAUGAAUGAAAACUCUAUUCGUAAAACAAACGAAAAUAUCAAUCUCGGAAGUUCUGCAAGCGAAACCAGCCUUGUUAACUCAGAUCAAACUACUGUUACACGUGGUUGUUUAAGUGAUCUUAUCAUGAAUACACAAUAUCGUUUAGAUAUGCCACAACUUCGUCGUCAUGGUUACUGUGUAAAUUCUCGUGAUUAUCAACAUUAUUUAUUAGGUGUAUUAAAAGGUAAAACAUUAGUCGAUACAGCAAUGGGAUUAUUUAGUGAUGAAAAUAUGAAUUUUAAACGUUUUUGUUAUUGUAAUGAUUUUAAUGGUUGUAAUCAUGUGAAUAAAUUGAAAGUUUCAAUGAUUUUAAUUUUCUUUAUUACAACUCUCUUGAUAUUCUUGUGGAUAAAUUGAAUGCCGUUUAUUUUUUUUAUUGACUUAUUUUUUUCUCUUUUUUGAUUUAUACUACUUUUAAACUUAUAUCAGUAGUUAAAUUGUAUGAACAAAAAGUUGUAGGAUUUUUAUUUCAAAUUGUAUAUAAUGUUGAGUGAAUGAAUGUAUUUGAAAAUUGUUGAUCUAAUGACUGAUAUUUUAUGAAUUCUAAGAAUUGAUAUUUAUAUAGUAAAAGUUGUACAUUAAAAAGUGUAAAAGAGUUC